AUGUCAAUUAAUGAUUCUUCGAAGUAUCAAAAUGAUAAUUAUCAAGAAAGUGAUGUAGGUAGUGAAUACAUUUUUUCUAGCGAAGAGGAGUUUCCUAAGCAAAAGUCUCGAAGUGAUGUCAACAAUCGAGAUGAGGCUGAUGGCUGGGGGACCUCUUACAAAAAUUAUUAUCACGAAAGCAGUGAUCCCAGUUCAAGUGAAUCAGAUGAUGAUUUUGCUAUUAAAGAAGCAUUAUCGAUUCGUAAAAAACACCUCGAAAAUUUAAAAAGUAUUAAAAUUGAAUCUGCUAUCAGUUUAGUUGAUUCUAAGGACAAAAAAGAAGAAAAUGUAGAUAAAAAUACUCAAGAAGUUUAUUUAAGUCUGUUGUUGGAUGCCUUGUCUAAUAUGCCGAAAAAACCUGUUGCAAAAAUUGAUAAUAUUGAAGACAAAUGUCUUAUUGAAGCUGAAGAAUCUUUCAUUGAAAUAAUUAGUAUAGCUUUUUUCAAACUCAGUCCACCAGCUGAGUGUUUUGCUAAAAUAGUGUUAAAAGCAAUCUGUCUGGCUUCAAUAAUGCUUUCCGCAAAACGAAAGCUAAAUUUAAAAACUUUUGCUGUUGAAUGGGUCCAAACUUCUCUUGUGAUUAAAAAAAUUUUACAUCUGAUGAAUAAAUUUUUCCCCCAAGACGAACUACAUGCAGCAACGCUCGUAUGUGAUGCGUUCUUUAAACAUGGAAACGUAUCUUAUUUAGAAAAAGUUUCUUUAUCUGAUAAUGAAUCACCAUCGCAAACCGGAGAGCAGGAUGAAGAUAAUGAUAAUAAUUCUGUCUACAAAGAUAAUACUGAAUUACAUAACUUAUCAUCUGAUUCUAAAUUUAGCAAUGAAGAAGAAAACUCCUUUUUAUUAAGUGAUAAAGAUUUAGAUAAUGUUAAAGAUGACUUUAAGGAACCAGAAGCGCUAGCUAAACUAAUCACUAAGGAUUUCAAAGCACAUCUAUAUAGAGUAAAACAAUUAUCAAAAUUACCUGUAUUGCCGAAAAUGAUUAAAGACCCUACAGCCAACCGAAAUUUAACUCGAGAAAUAGAGAAAAAUCGUGGUUUGACCAGAAAACGUAAAAAGUUUUCCGGAAAUGCAAGAGUUCAUAACCGUGAAAAGUAUAGACGUAAAUUGAUCAAACUGUCUGGAGUGAGAAUGAAGGCUGAUGAGCAAAUGGGCUCAGGAGAAUACACAGGAGAGUCUCGUGGUAUAUCAAUGCACGUUACAAGAGGUAGGAAGCUUAAUUAUUAA